GAAUGUGGUUUCUAUGGAAUGUAUGAUAAAAUCCUGCUUUUUCGUCAUGACCCUACCUCUGAAAACAUUCUUCAACUGGUCAAGACCGCCAGUGACAUCCAAGAAGGAGAUCUUAUUGAAGUUGUCUUAUCAGCUUCUGCUACCUUUGAAGAUUUUCAGAUCCGACCUCAUGCUCUAUUUGUUCAUUCAUAUCGGGCACCAGCUUUCUGUGACCACUGUGGAGAAAUGUUAUGGGGGCUUGUCCGUCAAGGACUUAAAUGUGAAGGAUGUGGCCUGAACUACCAUAAGAGAUGUGCAUUUAAAAUCCCUAAUAACUGCAGUGGUGUGAGGAGAAGGCGGCUAUCCAAUGUUUCUUUAACAGGGCCGUCUACUGUCCGCACAACAUCUACGGAACUCUCAACUAGCACCCAAGAUGAGGCUCUUUUGGUAUAUUUGAACCCAGGAUCUCCUCAAAAAUCAUCAUCAGAAUCCUUUCUUGGCCGAGAGAAGCGAUCCAAUUCUCAGUCAUAUGUUGGACGACCAAUUGAACUUGACAAGAUUUUGCUGUCCAAGGUUAAAGUUCCUCACACCUUCGUCAUCCACUCCUACACCCGGCCAACAGUAUGUCAGUAUUGCAAGAAGCUUCUAAAAGGACUUUUUAGACAGGGCUUACAAUGUAAAGAUUGUAGGUUCAACUGUCAUAAGCGCUGUGCACCAAAAGUACCAAACAACUGUCUGGGUGAAGUUGCCAUUAAUGGAGAUUUGCUUAGCCCUGGGGGAGAAUCUGAUGUGGUCAUGGAAGAGGGAAGUGAUGACAAUGAUAGUGAAAGAAAUAGUGGACUCAUGGAUGACAUGGAAGAAUCCAUGGUCCAGGAUUCUGAGACCUCUAUGUCAGGAUGCCACAGUGACAAUGGGGAUAUUCAGGACACGGAUCAAGACCAUGAUGAUUCAAAUCGAAUGAUCAGCCCAUCCACCAGUAACAAUAUUCCCCUCAUGAGAGUGGUUCAAUCUGUCAAACAUACAAAAAGGAAAAGCAGCACAGUGCUGAAAGAAGGAUGGAUGGUUCACUACACAAGCAAAGACACACUGAGAAAACGACACUAUUGGAGAUUAGAUAGCAAAUGCAUCACACUCUUUCAAAAUGAUACUGGAAGUAAAUAUUACAAGGAAAUUCCAUUAUCUGAAAUUUUAUCUCUGGAACCUGCAAAAACUUUCUCUUUAAUUGCUAGUGGGGCCAAUCCUCAUUGUUUUGAAAUCACUACAGAAAAUGUAGUCUACUAUGUGGGAGAAAAUGUAGUCAGUUCCUCAAGCCCUUCAUCAAACAGCAGCGUACUUACCAGUGGAGCUGGCAGUGAUGUGGCCAGAAUGUGGGAAAUGGCCAUUCAACAUGCUCUUAUGCCCGUCAUCCCAAAAGGAGCAUCAACUAGCUCUGGAUCCAGUUUGCACAGAGACAUAUCCAUCAGUAUCUCUGUAUCAAACUGCCAGAUUCAAGAAAAUGUGGACAUUAGUACAGUAUAUCAGAUCUUUCCAGAUGAAGUGCUGGGUUCUGGACAGUUUGGGAUCGUUUAUGGGGGAAAACAUCGCAAAACAGGAAGAGAUGUGGCUAUUAAAAUCAUUGAUAAAUUAAGAUUUCCAACAAAACAAGAAAGUCAACUUCGCAAUGAGGUUGCAAUUUUACAGAACCUUCAUCACCCUGGUGUUGUAAAUUUGGAGUGUAUGUUUGAGACGCCUGAAAGAGUGUUUGUUGUUAUGGAAAAACUCCAUGGAGACAUGCUGGAGAUGAUCUUGUCAAGUGAAAAGGGCAGGUUGCCAGAGCACAUAACGAAGUUUUUAAUUACCCAGAUACUUGUUGCCUUGAGGCAUCUUCAUUUUAAAAAUGUUGUUCACUGUGAUCUGAAACCAGAAAAUGUGUUGUUGGCAUCGGCCGAUCCUUUCCCACAGGUGAAACUUUGUGACUUUGGUUUUGCUCGAAUUAUUGGAGAGAAGUCCUUCAGGAGGUCAGUGGUGGGCACACCAGCUUACCUCGCUCCAGAAGUUCUUAGGAACAAAGGCUAUAAUCGUUCUUUAGACAUGUGGUCUGUUGGAGUCAUCAUCUACGUAAGCCUCAGUGGCACAUUUCCAUUUAAUGAAGAUGAAGAUAUACACGACCAAAUCCAAAAUGCAGCUUUCAUGUAUCCACCUAAUCCCUGGAAGGAAAUCUCUCCUGAAGCCAUUGAUCUCAUCAACAAUUUGUUGCAAGUGAAAAUGAGAAAGCGGUAUAGUGUGGAUAAGACAUUGAGUCACCCAUGGUUACAGGAUUAUGAAACUUGGUUAGACUUAAGAGAGCUAGAAUGCAAGAAUGGGGAACGUUAUAUCACGCACGAAAGCGACGACUUGAGGUGGGAACAGUAUGCGGGAGAUCAGGGUCUGCAAUAUCCAACCCACCUUAGUGAUCAGAAUUUCGAGCACAGCAUAAACUCAGAGCCAGAGGAAACGGAGAUGAGAGUCCUCAGUGAGCGGGUCAGCAUCCUCUAAGUUAUAGCCCCUAUAAUCUGUCAAAACACUGUGGAAUUAAUAAAUACAUACGGUCAGGUUUAACAUUCGCCUUGCAGAACUGCCAUCAUUUUCUGUCAGAUGGGAACAAAGCUGUUAAACUGUUAGCACUGUUGAUGUAUCUGAGUUGCCAAGACAAAUCAACAGAAGCAUUUGUAUUUUAUGUGACCCAACUGUGUUGUAUUAACAAAAGUUCCCUGAAACACUAAACUUGUUCUUGUGAAUGAUUCAUGUUAUAUUUAAUGCAUUAAACCUGUCUCCACUGUGCCUUUGCAAAUCAGUGUUUUUCUUACUUGAGCCUCAUGUUGGUAAAAGAGUGAAACUUUCCAUGAAAUAGAGUCUGUUUUCUGUGCAUCACUAGUGUUUGAAUGUGUAAGCAAACUCUUGAAGAGUAGAUUAUUGCCACUGUUCUGUGAACAACUCCUAAAAUCAUUGGUAAAUUCAAGAUGAAGCAAAACAAAAGGUUUAUCUGUUGUAAGAGAGAAAAAAGAAAAGUAUUUAGGUAAAAUUCUUAACCACCAAUACAUGUGAGAGAUGAGAUACUCUAUAGUUUCAGAUGAAAUACCUUCUGUGUGCGCCUGAGUAUAUGGAUAUAUGUCCAAUUAAAUAUGCUUGAGUACACAACAGGACAACUGCUCUUAAGCCUAAAUGCCUUAGUCAUGUAAACUGUCUUAUCUACAGUUACUUUUCCCAUUUUCUUACAAUAUUCUGCUGUACUAUGGAAAUUAAGCAACUGAACGGCCUGUUGCCUUUGUGUAUGUUUUUGAAAAUAAAA